UCGAGAUGGCGUCACUCCUUGUGCUUUUUAUUAUUUUCGAAUUUGUAUCGUGCAGUGAAAAUAGACGUGAUACAGUCCUUGAUCAUAUUAAUAAUGGCUUUAAAAUUGCAAAGGAUUUUCUUGGUUCCGAGUCCGUAGCAAUGAAAGUCGCAGAUUUUGUAGUUCGAGCAUUUCAAACAAAUCAAAAACAGCCACACUUCAGCGGCCCAGGGAGUAGUUUCUCUUCAGAAGAGUCCAGAGAAAAAUACCAAAAUGACAUUAAUGAGGCACCACAGCUUAUGUCUCCUUGGCGGCAUUUGAUUAAGUUGUUCGGUCUUCAAACAAAUCAAAUAAGUGCGGUGGCAGUGAAUGCACUUAUUUUUAUUGCACAAAUGAUAACGACGUUUUUAUCCGGCCCAAAACAACCAAGUCGCCAGCGCUCUAAUGAUUUCUCUUCCUAUAUAUUAGAAAAGAACUCAAAACAUCUUCAAAACCUUAUAGCUGCUGCAAAAAACGAAUCUCUGCCAGAUUCCCUAGAAGAUCUUAUAAAUGAACCACAGGAGGACAUUUCAUGUAUAAAAUUACUGUUCUGCAAAAUAACUCCAUUUGUUAGCAAAAUGCAGCAAUCAGUGUUUGGUGAGAAAUUACCAAAAACGGAAUUGCGUGGAUCAGCCGUGUUUUACCGCCAUCUACCGCCGCAAGAUAAAAUUGAAGAAAAAAGCGACAUCUGUGAACGCCGAUACAAGGAGUGUGAUUUGCAUGAAUAAAUUUAAAACUGUAAUAAUUGUAUUUGAAAUAAAUACUUACAUUUUGAAAACUUAAUUAAAAUAAUAGAAUAAGACUCUAAAUACCACCCAUUGGUCAUUGGCUUUAUUAUAUAUGUAAUAAGGUUAUUAUAUACCACUCCUUCUCGAAAUAAAAACUCAGUUUGGUUUCUGCAAUAAAAACAGAUUCAUUUAUUUAUUUUCUGUUUACAAGAUAAAAUUACAAAAGACAGUUAGAAAUAGUCUUACCUGCAAUAAAAACAGAAAACAACAUUAAAAGUUUUUACUCCAGGUGAUUUACUUAUUAUUCCUUAUUAAAAUUAAUAACCUUUAAACCAAUAAUUGAAAUCUUCAAUGUUCGAUAUUUUUAGGUUAGAAUCCCGACCAUCGAGUAUUCAUGUUUUACCAUCGAUAACCCGAGUCUAUCACUCUGUGCGAAACGCGGCAAAUUCAAACAUAAAGAUGAUUACGUCUCAUAUAAAUGAGAGUCGUUAUU